AUGGGUUUCCUCAGUCACCGCCGUCGUGACGUCCAAGUCAACCCCGAGCAGAAAUGGGAUUUCAUCAGCCUCAAUGAUUUCAAGGCCGGCUCGUUCUUGUCACCAUUUGCCUACGGCUAUCUCUGGUUUUCGCUCUUCAUCUCGCUCGCUGUUUACGGCGUCGAUAUCUUCACGGCCUACCAACUGCUCGCCUUCAACAAAUGGUCCGGCUCGAUCGAACCAUCCCAAAUCAUCGACUUCGACAUCUCGAAAUGGAUCUUUACCGUCUGUAUCCUGCUGUCCUUUGCGAACUUGGCGUAUGAAUACUUCCGUGCCAUCACCAUCAUGCGCCGUGGCAGUGUGGCGGAAUGCUUUCUUGACAGCUUAGCUGCGCGCCUGGAGAGUAUCCGGAUGGGAGAGGGCCGCGGGUGGAAGCGAUUCCUGGUUUUUGCGGAACUCACCAAGAGUAAGAAGGGGGCGGAGUACAUCGCCCUGUUUAGCUUCUUCAGCUUUCAAUCUUGGAUCCGUACCCUGCUCUGCUCCGGGCCUCGCCAGGUCGUCAAUGCGUUGACGCUGUACUCGGUGUACGCUGGAAAAAUCAAUGUUCACGACAAAAACUUUGAAUCGUCCGUGUCCGACUUCUUCGACAAAAUCCGGAUCAUGGCGGAAGAGGAGCCGCGCCAGGUGGUUGUCUUGUCCGGCAUGGUGUUCACUCUCAUCAUCUGGAUUUUUUCGUUCUUGUCGCUGCUGCUGGCGGCCCUGUUCUUCGUCUUCUUCCUGUGGAGCUACAUCCCGCGCGAAGACGGCGGCCUGACGGGCUUCUGCGAGCGCAAGGUCAACAAGCGGCUGCGGCAGAUCGUGGCUAAGAAGAUUGAGAAGGCGAUGGCGGAAGAGGAGCGGAAACGCAAGAAGGCGGAGCUUAAGGCGGCCAAGAAGGGCGGUGGCGAACGGCCGAUGACGAUGAAGCCAUCCAUCCCUGUGCUCGGCGACGACAACCUCUCCGAGAUGCCCACGCUAAACCGGGCCGACACGUUUGCCACAUUCGCCGAGAAGCCUUCGCGCCCGAGCACGCCAGGCAGUAUCGAGAUGAACAGCCUCGGUCGCCGGCCGGGCAUGCCCUUGCGGACCGACACCCGCACGACCGCGACAAGCCAGUACUCGUCCGAUGCGUCUCUACUGGGCGGCGCGGCCGGGAUGGGCAUGGCGUCCCCUGAUGCGUCCACCCCGAGCCUGCCGCCGCUGGACCUGAACGGGUACCCGCCAGCGCGGCCCGCAACGUCGUCCACCAACCGGAGCUACGGCCCCGGCCCGCAGAUGGCACGGAUGCCGUCGAACGGUUCAUCGCUACGGGGCUACACCGCGAGCCCGGCGAAUUUCACCUCGGAACCCGUGCCUUCGCUCCCGCCGUCUGUCUUGUCGCCCGGGUCCUUCAGUAGCCAGGGACCUGGCCCCCGCAACCAAUCGACGCUGCCGUAUCCCUCAGACAACAGGAUGCCGCAGUACGACGACCAAUCCCAUUACUCGGAUAACAGGAUACACGACGACGACAGGUCUCAUUACUCAGACAACCGGAUUGACGACGCGAGAUCUCAUUACUCCGACGACAGACAACCCUACUCAGGAGACGGCCGGAUGCCUCUCCGCGUCGACACACGAUCACCCCACCCCGACAACCGAUCCCUCUUCUCCGCCAACAGCGCCAACCCCAACAACCUACCCUACCCGCCCGACAGGCCCCCCUUCGACGACCAAGCCAGCGGGCGCGCUAGUCCCGCCCCGUCAACCACCACCUUCCGCAGCAACCCCAUGUCCCCGCGCGGCCCCGGUGGCGUCGGCCCAGACGGCUAUCCCAUCCGCAGCGCCACCAAUGCCUACCCCCAACGGGGACCCCCACAGCCUUACCACCCCCCACCUCGGUCCAUGACCCAGCCUAUGCCGUCAUCCCACAGCGGGUCACAAAGAGGCAUGCCCCCUCCAAGUCGCCAACAACAACAAUCCCCGUUCCGGGCGUAUAACUCGCCGUAUCACACCCCGAGCGCUAGUAACAGCUCGCUGCGGAAUAUGGUCAACGCACCUAGGCAGGGGCCGCGGGAAACACAGGCACAAGGAAGCGAGUAUGAUGACCAGGCGGACGUGUUGAGUGAAUACAGUGGUACCAGUGGAUCCAGUCAGCAGAGGCGGGGGACACCGGGGCCGAUGAACCCGGGUCCGGAUCCGGGUCCGGGGUCGGCGGGGGGUUAUUCGAGGGGGGCGCCGGCGAGGGGGAAUGGGUAUUGGGAUGAUGAUGGGAAUGGGGAUGGGCAUGGGGGUGAUGGGAGUGCGGGGGGGUGGGAGAGGGAUGUGGAAAGGGGGGGGAGGUAUUAG